CAAUGUGCGGAUAUGAAAAACACCGAGAUAAACUCCGCAUAUAACCUCGGAAUACCUACGAUAGCGCAAAGUCUGUUUUCGAAUGCUGUUUCAUCGCAGGAUUCCGGUCGUGCUACUGGAGGGUUGGCGUCUUCACUUUCUCCCAUGGAUGAAGCUGGAGACGUUCUUCCGAUGUACGAAUUUGAAAUUCCAAAUACUUUAGUAGGACUUGUAAUUGGUAUCAAGGGGAAAACAAUAAAGGAAUUGAGUACGAGAACUGAUGUGCGAAUGUUAAUACGACAGCAUCAUAUUCCAGAGAAAGUAGAUACGCACCAAAUAUGCCAAGUUCGUGGAAAGCGUGAACAGAUUAAUCGGUGUCUUCAAAUGUUGCGCAGACGGUUCCCUCCGGCCCGAUUUCCGGAAUUAAAUCUUCAGCCCGUUUUACCGCCUCCAAUUCCUAGCCACUUCUUUGAUUCUAUAACAUAUCAUCCUACCUGGCUAACGCUUCCUGAUGAAAUACCAUGCGAAGUUGUUUGUUCUUCGGUGAUAGAUCCUGGACAUUUCUUCGUACAGCAACCCACACACCCGUCGUUUUCUUCGUUAUCACAUCUUGAUAUGUACAUGCUUCGUUUAUACAGUCAGGCAUCAGAUAUUCCUGAUUUGCCGAAGCCUUGUCAAAAUGGUCUCUUAUGCGCUGCACCAGUGCUCGGAGCGUGGUUCCGGGCAGUAACCGUGAAUUAUAACAUAGAGACUGAUGAAGUGAUGUUAAGAUUUGUUGACUAUGGUGGCUACACACUAUUACCUAGAAGUGAACUACGGCAGAUCAGAACAGAUUUAAUGUCAUUGCCAUUUCAAGCUGUCGAAUGUUAUUUAGCACAUGUUCAACCGGUAGAUGGAACAUGGCAGUGGGGUGAGGAUGCGCUUAAAUUCUUCCAAAAGCUGUGCAUGGGCAAAGUGAUCAAUGCUACCGUGGUUGGUGUCAGUGUUAACGAUAAGGUACCGAUGGUGGAGUUGACUGUGCCUAGCGAGGAUGGAAAACCGUUACGAGUGGACAAGGAGCUAAUGAACUCUGGAUUUGCAAAAGCAUCGGACCCAUCAAAAGUGCAGAAAGUUUCUACUGCGAGGUCUCGUUCAAUGCGGCUGUUCUCCGGAAGUUCUUUUUAUAGAUUGUUGAUUUGUUGA